UGAGGCGGGACCCUCCAGAAAAACCUCUGGCCAGCCAGCCCUGGCGCACCACUCGCCGCUGCAGCCCCUGCCGUGCGUGUGUCGUUAUCCCGCCCUCUUGGACGCUUCCUGUAGCCACCACAGCUGUUCAGAAUGGCCAACAGGGGACCUACAUAUGGCCUGAGCCGGGAGGUGCAGCAGAAGAUAGAGAAACAGUACGACGCUGACCUGGAGCAGAUCCUGAUCCAGUGGAUCACCAGCCAGUGCCGCAAGGACGUGGGUCGACCCCAGCCUGGACGUGAAAACUUCCAGAUCUGGCUCAAGGAUGGCACGGUGCUGUGUGAGCUUAUUAAUGGACUAUACCCGGAAGGGCAGGCCCCCGUGAAGAAGAUCCAGGCCUCCACCAUGGCCUUCAAGCAGAUGGAGCAGAUCUCUCAGUUCCUGCAGGCAGCCGAGCGCUAUGGAAUUAACACCACUGACAUCUUCCAAACGGUGGAUCUCUGGGAAGGAAAGAACAUGGCGUGUGUGCAACGGACGCUGAUGAACCUGGGUGGGCUGGCGGUAGCCCGGGAUGAUGGGCUCUUUGCUGGGGAUCCCAAUUGGUUUCCUAAGAAAUCCAAGGAGAACCCUCGGAACUUCUCGGACAACCAGCUGCAAGAGGGCAAGAACGUGAUUGGGUUACAGAUGGGUACCAACCGUGGGGCGUCUCAGGCAGGCAUGACCGGCUACGGAAUGCCACGCCAGAUCCUCUGAUCCCACCCUGCUCCUGUCCUCCUGUGAACGGUUAAUAUAUAUGUAUUUGUAUAUUUUAGCAAUGACAUUCCUUGAGAGCCCCUGGAGACCUUCAGCUCCUCUCUGCCAGGGUGGGGAUCCAACCUGUCUUGUUGGCAGCCUCUCUUCCUGUGCUUACUAAUACAUUCCUUCCCCACCCCCAUCAAAACUGGAUCGACUUCUCCCUGGGACCAAAUUCUGGGGGCAGGGGUAAAUCUCCCUCUCCCUGCUUGGCCUCUCCUCUUUGCCUCUGACCUCUCCUGACCCUGAGUUCUGCCCUCUCAGUCCGUUUCUUGGCUGGAAGUCAGGGAUGCUGCCCUCUGGCCCGACGCUGGACUGGCCAUCCUUCCACAAGUAUGCUUCUCCCACAGCUGUGGCUGCGGGGACUUAAUUUAUAGGGAGGGGCCUGCGGCCACUGCCACCCCAGCCACAGCUGGGCUGUACUCACUGCACAUCUGGGGCAGCCUUCUUUAGCAGAGGUCCUCUUGGCUUUUUAUUUUCCACUCCCCUCUAUGUGGCUGAGGGGUGGGGUUGAAGGGACAGAGGAGGGAGGGCUGCCCACCAUGGUGUGGGGCUUGAGAAAUAUGAGUUUGCUGAUUUAAAUAAAGAAUCCCAGUGUUUUUUGGAUGGA